AUGACGACCACCUCGACAAACAAAAUAAAGCUGCCUGUUGCAGCAGAAGAGCUCGAGUUUUUCGCAGAGGAGGAGCCCAUCACCAUCAUUCCCAGCUUUCAGCUGCGGCACAGCGCCAACGGCAUGCUCAGCUGCGUCGGGGGUGAUUAUGGCCCGUUCCGCCCCAACAUGCCGGUGGAGGUGCCAAUCUGGCUGGCGCUCCAGCUGCACAAGCGCGGCAAGUGCCGCAUCAUCCCGCCGCAGUUCCUCGACAUCCCGCGGCUGCAAGCAUUGAUAACGGCGGAGCAGUCGGACCUCGACUCGUUCCAGCCAGUGCCUUUCUAUUUCAUGGAGGUGUGCUGCCUGCUGUUUGAGUCUGCCAAGGAUGCAUUCGGAGACAGCUUCUUCCAGGUGCGGGACCUGCUGCAGCAGUUUGUCAACAUCCGGCGACACAAGAUCGAGGACGGCCUGCGAAUGGUGGCGCAGGCGUCGACCAUUCGACUGGCCAACCUGUCUGCGUACGAGGCCAACCUGAUCCGCCUCAACCUGCAGGGCAGCCUCAAUAUGUUCCUCAAGUUCUCAAAGGUGGAGCUGAUGCUGGAGAACCGGGCUGCCGCGAUGACUCAACCCACACCGGGCUUCUGA